AUGAGUUCAGAAGCAGACAAGUAUAUUGGUUCUGUAGUUUCUGUAUACUGCGGAGAUGGUUCUUGCCUUCAGGGGCAGUUAGUUUCUAUUGAUCGAAAAAACGGAACUUUUGAAUUAAAACGUCCGUUCAAAAAUGGGCGACAAAUGAAAGAGUUGCGUCUGACUCUUCGGUCUUCUGAAGUGGCUAACGUAAAAGUUUUGAAGGUGAAUAACCAAUGUGUUCAAGAAAGCAGUGAUCGUAAAGAGGUGGGUGAAACUUUUAGUCCCACAAAUGCGGAGAAAAGCGGCGCAGCAACUGAACUUUCAAGCUCUGAAAACGAUAAUCUUUCAGCAAAUUGUCAUCAGACUUGUUCAUCUUCCUGGCUGCACUCUAAUUCGGGGUCUCCAGCAAGGUCUAGGAAUUUGUAUUCUAACAACAGUGGGCGGAAUGAACGUUGGGGGACGAGGAAUGGUUGUAACAUGAAAUAUUCGAGAUAUGUUUCCGGGAACUCAAAGUGCAAUGGAAAGAAAGCUACUCAUGGCUGUGGCGAUCCAGUGCUUGAUUCGGAUAACGGGUUUUGGGUUAGUAAACGCAACCGCCAUCUGUCCAAACCGCUUGAUCCUGAGACGUUUACAACAGAUUUUGAUUUUGAAGGAAAUCUCGCCUUAUUUGACAAAAUGAGUGUGGAGAUGGAAGAGAAUGGUCAUCUCUUCCCUAAAAUUGAGGAGAAGAACUACAAACAUUAUGAAAAUGUAAUUAAUGAUCCAUCGCGAGUAACAAGUUGGACAACAGCUCCAGCGCGAUCUAAGGUGGAAGAAGAUGAAACUCACACACUUUAUACAGCUUCACGUAUUGCCACAACUCAAAAAGGAAUCAAAAUUCCAUUUUUGAGCUAUGAGGAUAAGCAGCAUUACUUAAGUGUUGCCGAAUCUUUUCUUGGAAGUGACGUUUUCCAUGUGCAAACGGCUGAUCGUCUAUUAAUGUUUUUGUGGGCAGUUAUAGACCGAUUUGAAGUGAUGGUCGAUGAAUUAGUGGUCUUGACUUCUCCAGUCGCAAAUCGUUCGCUGUUGAGUAGAUGUGUACAACAUUUUUCUAACAGAGCUUGUAAGACAGUCAUAUUUGGCGAAGAUGCCGUCGUGGUGGAUUUACCACACGUCCGGCAUGUCAGUAACCCUAGGGAUCUGCCUAUCGGUGAUGGACGACUUAUCAUUGCCCUUGAUGGCCAGAACGAUGAUCCAGAUCUUGUGAAAUGGGCAAGUUGCUUACCGCGGGGGACUCACUUGAUUUGUUUGGAGCAACCAAGAAAUUUGUGCAGAAUAGAGCAUGUUCUUAUGAUCGGUGUCGGAACUGAUUCGCGGGAAGGCGAAUUCAUGAGAAACGAAGAUGUUGGGUUGACCUGUGUAACUGAUAUGGGUAUUCCGUUUGCGUGGCUGGAUUUUCGCUCGGCUGCUUGUUUGGCUAGGGCGUUUGCUACUGAAAUGAUCGUUAUAUUGUAG